AUGUCCAACAACAGCGCCACAUCGCCUGUGCAUUCUCCCGAUCCAAUCCGUGAAUCGAUGGCCACCUCGAGCGCAACCACAGAGAAAUACCCAGCUUCCUCUACGACGGCAUACCAGAGCUAUCCAGAGGUCGCGCCUAGCAUGACGCAGCCUCCGCUUCAGCCCUUCCAGCAGCCGCACAACGGCAACGGCUACACGCACCCUCAACAGUGUCAGGACCAGAGUGCCUACCCAUCGGAAGCAGGCCACUCACUACCGCCCACGCAAAAACGCAACCCCUGGGGCUUGUCGCCUCUAGCAUUCGGCCUCUUGGUAGCGGCGGUCACCGCCGUGAUAGUAGGCGCGGCAGUGGGCGGAGGCGUCGCGGGCGCCAUGUCAGGCAACGACUCAAGUUCGUCGAGGAGCAACGGGGCCGCCACAGUAACCAUCACAGCCACACCGACCUCGACCUCGACCACCGCCACCGAGAUCUCCACCCCCUCCCUCUCCGCCUCCCCCGAGCCCUCGUCGCUGGAGAACUACGUCGUCAGCGAACCCUACUACGUCUCGACGCUCUUCAACCCGGGGUGCCCGGACUCCAACUCGCGCAUCGACGUGCAGUACGACACGUCGUUCGACCUCUUCUGCGGCGUCGACAUGCAGAACCACGUCGCCGACGAGGCGAACCCAGACUUGCAGAUCGCCGACGUGGCCGGUCUUUUUGCGUACAGCAUUACGGAUUGUCUCUACGCCUGUGCGAACGCGAUAUACUUCAACGAGCUGUGGGGGGAGGAGUUCGGGGGCUGCAAGGGCGUGACCUGGCAGUAUCAGAUGGCGCAGAGCAAUUCCUCGAAUUUUUCCAAUUGCUGGCUCAAAAAUGGCACGACAAGUGGGUUUCAGUGUAAUACGUGUAUAUCGGCGAAGCUGGUCACGUGA